AUGAAGGAAAAACUGAAGUCAGGGUUCUUGAAUGGUGAAUUGGAAGAGGAGGUUUAUGUUGCCCAACCUGAAGGUUUUGAAAUCAAUGGCCAAGAGGAAAAUGUGUAUAAGUUGGAGAAGACACUUUAUGGGUUGAAACAAGCGCCACGCGCCUGUUGUAUGCUGUAUGUUGAUGAUAUAAUUUAUAUGGGAUCAUCUCACUCUAUUGUAGCUGAAUUUAAAUCUAAUAUGAUGAGUAGAUUUGAGAUGCAAGAUUUGAGUCUGUUGCAUUACUUUCUUGGAUUUGAGGCGAAACAAGAAGAAGAUAGAGUAUUUGUUUCUCAAAAUAAAUAUGCAUCAGACCUUCUUAAAAGAUUUGGCCUCGUUGAUUGUAAAUUUGCUGCAACACCCAUGAAUCUGAAUGAAAAAUUACAGCAGGAAGAUUGUACUGAACGAGCCAAUGCAAGAAGUUUUAGAAGUCUAGUUGGAGGUUUGAUUUAUUUGUCUCAUACUCGUCCAAAUAUUUCAUACUCUGUUGGUGUCGUUUCAAGGUUUAUGAGCAAUCCAUUGAAGCAUCACUUUGGAGCUGCAAAAAGAAUUUUACACUAUGUUGUUGGAACACUGGAAUAUGGUAUUUGGUAUUCUCAUGUUUCAAAUUUCAUAUUAUUAGGCUUUACUGAGAGUGAUUGGGUAGGCUCGGUGGAUGAUAGGAAGAGUACUUCAAGCAACAUUUUUAGCCUUAGAUUAGGUGCAAUAACAUGGAGUUCGAAGAAACAAGUGACAACGACAUUGUCAUCUUAUAAGGCAGAGUAUAUCCCAACAACUUCUGUAGCUUGUCAAUGCAUUUGGCUUAGGAGAAUUUUUGCUGAUCUUUAA